AUAUUUGUCAUUUUCUUUCUUCUUCACCCUACCCCUCGUUUUCCCACUUCACUCUUCUCCAUAGUUCCUCACUGUCUCCGAAAAUCCAGUCCAUUUUUCAGACCUCCUUUCACGCACAACAUGACAACAACAAACACUAAACUUGGCCUCUAGUCACUAAACCAAAUCACUCGACAAUUUUAGUUGCAUAACUUGCAAUGUCCCCAUUGAUGCUUCUGCUCUGUUUUCUUCUUCAACUAAUCUACAGUUUCUACUUUUGUUCUUCUUCUUCUGCUGCUGCUACCUCUACCCCUUCUGCUCCAUUCAACUCUUUGCUUCCCUCCGACGCUGUUUCUUUAUUGUCAUUCAAGUCAAAAGCUGACCUUGACAACAAGCUUCAUUACACACUUAACGAGCGUUUUGAUUACUGUCAAUGGCGAGGAGUGAAAUGUGUACAGGGUCGUGUUGUGCGUUUAGUUCUUCAAGGGUUUAGUCUCCGGGGUACUUUUCCGGUGAAUAGUUUAACUCAUCUUGACCAACUCCGAAUCCUUAAUCUUAGGAAUAACUCACUUUCCGGUCCUAUUCCUGAUCUUUCCGGUCUUCCCAACCUCAAAACUCUGUUUCUUGAUCAUAAUUUUUUCUCUGGAACUUUUCCCCUUUCUGUUCUUUCUAUUCACCGUCUUGUUAUUCUUGAUCUUUCUCGGAACAAUCUCACUGGUUCACUCCCUGUUAGGCUUACUGUUCUUGACCGGUUGAACUAUCUGCGGCUUGAUUCCAACUGGUUUAGCGGUUCGAUUCCACCGUUGAACCAGACCCAACUCCAAAUAUUCAAUGUGUCUAAUAAUAACCUCACUGGUCCAGUACCUGUUACUCCUACUCUGAAGAAAUUUAACAUACGCUCGUUCUUACGGAACCCUAGUCUUUGUGGUGAGGUUGUUGAUAAGCCGUGCCGUUCGGCUCCGUUCUUUGAUUCGCCUUCCUCUGCUGCCUCUCCGCCCACACCGCUAUACCAAAACGCACAGUCACAGGGUAUUCUUAUUACUCCACCACCUCAGCACAAGCACAAAAAAGUUGGUGUCGUUUUGGGUUUUGUAGUUGGAACAUUGAUCUUGAUUGCAGCUGUUCUCUGUCUUUUUGCUUUUGUGAAAAAGAGAAGAGAAGAAACUGAAACUGAAUCAAAAGCAACAAAAUGUACCAUUGAGACCAUCACUAAUAGUGCGGCGAACGCAACGGUUUCUGAGCCAGAUGAUAGUAGCCAGGAGAUUAAAUUAGAAAAGGAAAUGAAAGUGCUUCAAGCCCCCAAACAACAGAUGAAGAGUGGAAAUCUUAUAUUUUGUUCAGGGGAAACAGAGUUGUAUUCUUUAGAACAACUAAUGAGAGCAUCAGCAGAGUUGCUUGGAAGAGGCACAAUUGGAACAACGUAUAAAGCUCUGAUGGCUAGUCAGUUAAUCGUUUCAGUGAAGCGAUUGGAUGCUGGUAAAACUUCGAUUACGAGUGCAGAAGCGUUUGAGCAACACAUGGAGUCAGUUGGGAUGUUGAGGCACCCCAAUUUGGUUGCAGUCAGAGCAUACUUUCAGGCUAAACAAGAAAGGCUUGUUAUCUAUGAUUAUCAGCCUAAUGGCAGUCUCUUCAAUCUAAUUCAUGGUUCAAGAUCAACAAGGGCAAAGCCUCUUCACUGGACAUCGUGUCUAAAAAUAGCAGAAGAUGUGGCUCAGGGCCUUGCUUACAUCCAUCAAGCGUCAAAGCUCACUCAUGGCAACUUGAAAUCCUCCAACGUCCUUCUAGGGUCUGAUUUUGAGGCCUGUCUAACAGACUACUCCAUCAUCGCGCUUGCAGAUAUUUCUUCGGAGGAUGAUCCUGAUUCAGCAUUCUAUAAAGCACCAGAAGUGCGCAAAUCAGCACGAAGAGCCACACCAGGGUCUGACGUAUAUGCCUAUGGCAUUCUGUUAUUAGAGCUUUUAACGGGUAAACCUCCAUCUCAGCAUCCCCAUCUCUCUCCCCCUGAUGUGCCAGAUUGGGUUAGAGCUAUGAGGGAGGAUGAUAAUGAGGAGGAUAGAUGGCUUGCAAUGCUAGUUGACCUUGCUAGUAUAUGUAGCUUGACAUCACCAGAACAGAGACCAACAAUGAGGCAAAUCUUGAAAAUGAUACAAGAUAUAAAGGAUAGUGCAAUGGUGGAGAAUAACAAAAGAGAUGCACAUAAUGGAUACUCAUAGCUUCUUCUGAAUUGCAGUUACAUCAUUAACCAGCGAGGGUACAUGGUCAAUUGUAAGUAAGUGUCAUCUCCCCCUUGGCAAAGUGCCAUUGAUCGACAACAUAUCUGUAAUUGAGUUUUGCUCAGAUAGACCAAAUGACUUAUCAUCUAUAAUGGUGCUUGUACCUUUACUACUCAGCAGUAAACACCUAAAACUGACAGGUUAAGGUCUAUCUGCUAGAACAUGGUCAACUUAGUCACUGAAGAUUAUGACACAUUUUGUUCCCCUCGUCGAAAUCCCUCUUUUUUGGUCACACAAACAUAUAGUGCCUAUAUUUUUAGGGCAUAUUGUAGUAGGUGGUUUUGGUUGUGAUUCUUUUUCUAAAGAACUUCAAAAUGUAUUCGCUUUACCUUAAUGGCAGAAGAAUAUUGUAUAAUCUUGAAUGGUAAAGCUAACCCAA